AUGGACCCUCCAUGGCCCAAGCUGAGACAGAAGGUUGUACGGAGUACAGAGUACUCUGAUGAUCUUGAAAUCGAUGCACAAGACUGGAAAAUCUCUCUGAGUCACGCCCAAACCGACGAAGAAGCUUUAGAAAUCGUCCAAAAAGCCGAUUUUUUCUCCCAGUCCGCGAAAUCCUUCAUUAUCUUGACUGAUGUGAGUCCCGAACUCGGCAGUGAGUUGCUGAACCUGUUGGACGAGAGAUAUCCUCGCGUGCGAAAAGGAUUCUUUCUGGAGGACAGGGAAGUUACUUUGAAGAUGCCGUCCUAUACCCAUGAUGCUCCACAUAUGUGGCUCCAUCAACAGCUGACCAAGUGGGAGCAUGAUGGGCUCUUAACCGGCCGCGAAAAUCUUCGACUACUCCUGGGAUCUUCGCCAAAGGUUACAUGUGUUUAUCCCCCCUUCGUCGGCUCUUCUAAAGAACCGGACACGUUCAUUUGUCCCCGUGGGCUCCCGCUUGCGAAGCGGUCUCAUCCAACCGUUGUUAUCGAAGUCGGGAUGUCUCAAUCACACGCAAGUUUAAAAAGAGACGCCAAACUUUGGCUCGAGGGAGUCGGCACCAAUGUAAAGAAAGUGUUGAUUGUGAAGUUCUUCACUACAAGGCCUGGUGUUAAGGGAAACUUGGAGAAGUGGGGAAGAGAUACUACUGGGUUGGCACAAUUGGAGUUCUCCAAUCACAUUUUUCCUGUGCGUGGACCGUUUGAGCGGCCAGUAUACCUGAAGAGAGAAGAUCUCUUUAAUUCUGUCGUGGAAGCAGGGUGCGAUGGUGCCGACCAUCUCCCUCUUGAUAUCCAUUCUCUGCGAGAUAUUAUCUGCGAAUCCGGGUUAGAGGUUCAAGGCCUCCAACCGGCUGUUUAA